UUUGAUCGAAAUCAACGGCGAAAACGACAGUUACUACAGAAUAUUCCCGAAGAUCAAUUAUUGUCCAUGUUUAGCGUUUAAACAUUACGUGUUGGAGAAGAAAAUCCAAGUUUGCUGUAAACAUAUUUUAGCGGGCCGCCUUGCCCAAAUUCUACACCGAACAACAGAGCAUGUAGUAACACAGGAACAACACCUCAUGCUCGUACGAUCCAUGUUUGAGUUGGAGCAAAAUGGAUAGCGGGACUUCUGACUACUAUUUCACAGCAUCUAUGGAUUCUGGACGUACCCUAUGUAGCCUGCUGAAGGCUAUACAGUUUCAGGAGUUGGCAAUAUUUUGUGCCCUCCCUGAAGGUCUAAAGCUGACCGUGGAGGAGGGCAAGUGUGUGCAGGCCUCGGCUUACAUCCCUGCUGAUAAUUUCACCAACUACCAUGUGAGGGACGACAUUGAUGUCAUGUUCAAGUAUUGUACAUUUCAGAUAAGUAUAGCAGUACUAGCAGAGACUCUCAAUAUUUUUGGCUCUGGAGAAGAGUCCAGCUUGAAAAUGUACUACAGAUGUGAGGGGUCACCAUUGCUACUUGUCCUCCAACCCCAAUCGUUCAACAACAUAAUGACGGACUGCGAGAUAUCAACUCAAACAGCCGAUUCAGUGCUGGAACUUCGCGACGAGAACGCCACAGAAGUAGCCAAACUCGUGUUGAAGGCGCCUGCGUUUCUGGGCUUACUGGCUGAUAUUGAAAGAUCGUGUGACAUUAUUGAACUAAAUCUGUCACCAGAUUAUCCAAAUGUGAGAAUUGUCACCUACGGGAUGCAGGACCGAUCUUGCAUCGAUGUGCCGAAGACAUCAGAAAUGGUGCAAGGUUUCAGCUGCGAGAACUCCAUUACUAUCAAGUACCAGUUACCGCAUAUCAGGCUUAUUAUGAAGGCGCUCGCGGUUUCUACCAAGGUGGUGCUUAGAUGUAGUUCCAAUGGACUUUUGCUUCUUCAAUUAAAACUAGAAAAAGAAGAACAGCGACAGAUGUUCUCAGAAUUUUACAUAGUGCCUUUGUUGGACGACUUUUAGUAGUUGACAGUGCCCACAGGCCAAGUUCUCGAAGCACUGACUUGGUUUGUGAUAUAUUUUUAUCAUGGAGCCCAUACCAAAUAACCGAUGUAUUUGAUCCCACAUAUUUGAGUAAAUGUUUUGAAAUUUGCAUCAACGUUUUAAAACUUUUUUAAUUCUGCGUUACACGGAUUUUUUUACCAUCAUCAUCAUCAACUCAUACUACCCACUACUAGGCACUGGUCUCCUUUUAGGCGAGGGUUUCAGCCAUAGUGCGCCACGCUAACCUAAUGCGGGCUGAGGACUACACAUUUUCCAAAGUUUAUCGACUCGAACCCACGGCCUCAGUUGAGAGGUCGUAGGUCAAACCAUUAGGCGACUACGGUUUCUCUUUUUUACCGUUUUACCAUUUGCCCUUUAUAAUUAGAAUCGACAUGCCUGGUACACUACCAUGCCUAGAUUCUUGAAUACACUAGGAAGAUACUUUUUAGUAAGUAAAAGCUGUUAAAUUAAAAUGCAUUCCCAUAUACAAUAGUUUCAUUUUGAAAUAAUCUAGUUUCUUCUUUAAGUUGGUCUUAGAUUCGGCGUUACAGAAACAAAACAUAUUAAUUUUAACUUUUCGUCAUUUGACUUUUAUAAUUAGAAACCACAACUUGCCUGGCACACUG